AUGGCACACCUUAAUCCUCUCUUAUUAGGAAAGAGUAACUCCACCCCAAUCUAUCCUGACACGUGGGCUGAGCUGACCCCGGGCUCAUUAUCUCACGAGAGUUCAUCGGUGACGAUCCCGAGUGCGGAUGACAUAUCAAGUUUUGAUCUCAAGUCAUUUUGUAGUGGCUUCAAUGCACACUAUGGCCCGGGCGAAAUCCUUCUUCCGCAUUUAGAUGAUCCAAACCGGUCCCUGUCAAGCAUUUAUUCCCUUCCCAUCGCUUUACCACAGGACCCAUCUCACAAUGCGCUAGAGAGUAUCGCAUUCAAAAGUGAAGACACCGGUGGAGCUUACGGACAAUGUACCGAUGCAUCCUCCAACUUCCUCUUCUCUGCUGCCUCCGUCGGCUACGAGUCUUCACUGUCUCCUUCAUCGUCACGACCGUGUACCGCAGGAUACCCAUUAGAUGGAUUGGGCUUUUCCCCCUCCGCCGCAGAGCCGCCCCUUUCGCUAUCCUAUGGUUGUGGGUAUUCACCCAACGAAGGAUUUUCGCUCUAUUCUCACCUUGACCAACCUGGAAUCGAAGCAAAAGAAUCACCCAAAUCCGCUGCCGAAAUAGACAACCGUAGCAACUUCCCCCUGCAAUACAUGCCUCCCUACCAUCACCAGUCUAAUGGGAUACUCGUCCCACAGGAAGGGAUGGGCCCCCUGCAAAUCGAGCCAUCCAUAGACUUCCAAUUUACAGCUGGUUCAGCAGCUACCGCCAAUUGCACUAUUCCGAUUGAUAGGACAGCGACGGAUAACUACCCUUGGUCUUCGGCUUUGUCUGCCCCGCCGCGAGCCCGACUAGAUGGUCAUUUUACGCAGAGCGAGGUGUUUACGACGAGGUGUGUUCAGCCUACAAGCUUGCUGGGCCAUCCCACGCCGAGCGCGAAACCGAAAGACCCCGCUGUUGAACCGAGUCAUAGCGCCUAUGGAAAAGCCUCGUUUUUACCCGGAAACUGGGAGAGCCACGGUGUUUUCUGUGACGAGAACAUCAACUACCCUCCGGCUCCUCAACCACUGAAAAAAGACACCGUGCAGAAGAAACGACCGAAGCGUAGAACUUCCGCUGCAACUGGGCCUCUGGCGAAGACCGAUUCUAUCGGCACCAAACGCAAGCGCUCAGCCCUGUCACCCUCUCACGACUCCGAUGAUCCCUCUGAUGAUCCUCCGAAAAAAUCUUCAGCCGCGGCGGAGAACAAGACGCCCGACGGAAAAUUUGUCUGCCGCCUCAUCUGUAAAAACACCCAAGUGGUGUGCGGAAGGAAGUUCCAGCGAUCAGAGCAUCUCAAAAGACAUUGGGCCACUCACGAAGAUAGAAAGCCUCAUAAAUGUCCAAUAUGCGAACGAUUCUUCGGUAGAACUGAUAACUUGAAGCAGCAUAUCAAAACGCACGACAAUGCUCAUGGAAGGAACACGAAACUCCUCAAAGCCAAAUUGCUACAGAACCCUGAACAAAAUAAAGGCAUGCCAAAGAUAGAGCACAAGCCAAAUGUGUACUCCAACAGAGCAUCCAAGCACAGAAAGAUUCAAUGA